CGUUGAUCCUGGCCAUUGACCGAGCAACCCAACGUUCCUACCAGCUCCCUCCGCAGGAAUGUGUUUAAUGCAGAUUUUCAAACGUAGCGAGUGGAACCUCUUAGCCGGGUCUCGAAUGACUGUACAAAAUAAAUUCCAGCUCUGGGCAUAUAAAAUUGACUUACGUGUAUGGAAAGCACCUUUGCGAUAUGGUGCAUAGAUAUAACGUUCGCGGAUUACAAAUCUUACACAAAACUGCUUUAGUUCCUUGAUUUAUAUGGAAUUCACAUAUAUCAUGUCACACAUAAUUGCAAAUAAAUGUUUUACUGCUUAAUAACGCUUAAGAAUUAAGAUAUCUUCUGAAAUAUAUAAAUGUGCAAAAACAAGAGACAGAGGACACUUAAGUGAGCACAUGCAUGACCAAGGCGUUCAAGUGCACGGGUCCACCAAACUCCGCACAACAAUACCAAGGCUGGACACUGGAGUCUGAAAUGGCCACGUAAGCUCUAUGGAAGGAGGGACCGAGGGAGGAGGCUACAUACAUCGGCCCUGUACAGAAUUCGGCAACAACAUUAUGAAACCGAAAGUUGAAGAUAAACGAUUCCUCUUUCAUUAUUCUCAAAUUCACAACACAGCGCAUACGCCCAACAUGGGACCGUCGGGGGUCAUUCAUCCGCUGCUGAAUCUGGUUCCCAAACUGUACCAGCAGCACUUGCGAAGAAUACAGCGCAGUGGGUGUGGGAAUGUCACGAAACCCGAUGUAAUCCUCAAACUCUUGGCUUCAAAGCGCCGCAUCACAAGGCACAUAAUGACCGACUCGUUUCUACAGAAUACCCCUGACAGGCUGCUACAAGACCUUCAUCAUCACAAAGUUCUAACCCAUAAUCCUAAUUCCUAACUGUGAUCCUACCCUUAUUUUGCAACCAUUACCAAUAACUCUAACCCGGAUACUCAACCCUGUCCUUAAUGCUAAUACCUAAGUCUAACCAUAAUACUGUACUUAAUUCUAGCCCGAAUCUUAACUGAAACAAUAACACGAAUAUUAUCUCUUAUAUUAAUGUGAACUUAUAGCAAGAACCCUGAAUGUAUCCUCUACUCCGAACAUUAACCUAAAAAAGGACUCUAAAUGAAACCCUAAGCCCAGUCCGGGAGCCAAUUAAUGACCCUUGCAUUAACCGUUACCCCACCCUUGACUCUAACUCAAACUCGCAUGAUGUAUAAAGUGUUGAACCUGCGCUCGCUGUCGGCAGUGCUCUCGGGAUGACGCAACAUUACAAUAAAGGUGCAGAAUCCA